AUGUCUCGAACUAACAAAGUUCCACCUGAUGGAGGGUACGGCUGGGUCGUCACUUUUGCUUAUGCGUUAAACAACGUAGUUGUACUCCCCCUUAUUGCAGGCUUCGGUCUUGUGUUUCAAGAGGCUUUUGAGGACACAGGGCUAUCUGCAACACAAGGAACACUUAUUAUAAUUUUAAACCAUGGCUUCGGAAUGCUUUUAUCGUUUUUCGGAGGACCAGUACUACGAAGGUUUGGAUAUAGAAAAGUAGCCGUAAUUGGAGCUCUACUUGUAUCUGUUGGGCUUAUGCUAACAGCGGUCUCCUCUAGUUUCUGGCUUUUCUUACUUUCUUACAGUAUUAUAAAUUCAAUGGGAGUAGCAGCAGUGAUGGCAGCAUUUUCGUUAGCAAUUAAUUCGUUCUUUAAAGAAAAGAGAGGAAGAGCCAUAGGUGUUGGAAUGUCCAUAACGGGGCUUGGAGCUAUUUAUAUGCCUUUAGUAAUGAGUGUACUUAUGUACGCAUAUGGUUGGAGAUAUGCUGUCCUUAUUUUAGGUGCUAUUUGUAUGCACUCCCUUUUAGCAGCGUGCUUAUUAAGACCAGCAAAGUGGUACUUAAAGGAUGCCCCUAGUUCAGAAGAAGAAGAACCUUUAAAUAAGGAUGCAGACGUCGAACUUAUUAAUGGAAGUGUUACUACUCCUACGGAUAUUGUAACGGCUGUGUCUUCCUCAAUAAAACUAAACGAACAAGAUAGCAUUCCAAAGAAAAGCACAUCCCUACAUGUUCUAACCACAAAUGGUUUGCAUAAUAGAAAUGCCACUUCACAACCCGAUAUUCGGAAAAAUAAUACUGACGAAACGUAUUUAACAGAACAAAGAUAUAAGUGGUGGGAAUCUCAAGAAAUCAAUCUGGGUAGUUCUAUCAAUAUAUUUAGGGAGUCGGAUUAUCGGAAAGAGAAGAUAGCGACUAGCGAUACAGUAAUAGAAGAGAAGACAUACUUCCAACGGUUUAUAGAUUUCUUCGAUUUGACGUUGCUCAGUGAUCCAAUUUUCGUGAACAUUUUAACUGGAAUGUCAUUAGCUUCGUGUGUUGAAACGAAUUUUUCUUUAUUAUUCCCGAUAAUUUUAAAAGACAUGCUUCAGUUUGAGACAGCGCAAAUAGCAAAGAUUAUGGCAGUGAUUGGAUUUUCUGAUACAUUGUUCCGUCUACUGUCGCCUUUUAUAGGGGAAUGGUGCAACAAGCCACCUCGUGUGAUGUAUAUGGUCAGCUUGCUGGUCAUCAUCUUCACUAGAACAAUAAUGCUAUUCACGACGUCGUUCCUCGGAAUGGUGUUUGUGGGUCUCGCUAUUGGAAUCACCAAGGGAGUAAGAACAGUGUACAUGAAUAUCAUAAUACCAAGCUAUGUGCCCCUCGAGCGAUUGCCGUUCGCUUCGGGAAUCCAAAUGUUUUUCAAUGGUAUUGUGAUUAUUACUAUUGGAUCUUCGUUAGGUCACAUUCGAGAUUUGACGGGGUCAUACUCAGCACCCAUAACAGUACUCAACUUUGUUACCUUCCUAACUGUUAUACUGUGGAGUGCAGAAUUUUUAUACUUUAGAAUUACUAACAAAAACACAACUAAGUAA